GGAUCAGCAGGACAGACAGGAGCACCAGGAGAACGUGGAGCACCAGUAAGUAGGGGCAUUUGAGUACGUAAAUAUGGUGCAAGUGUGCAAGAAACAAUACUCCUUAUCCGGGGUUGACAAUACGAAUCUCAGGUUCACUUCACUGUCUUGCGCGCAUUACUUACCAAAAUUAUGUAUAUUACUUACCAAAAUUAUAUAACUAAAUAUGUCUAUGUAUCCCUGUGUAUAACUGUGUAUCUCUGUGUAUGUUUAGGGAUCACCAGGACCACAGGGUCCGCGAGGAUUGCCUGGAUCUGAUGGAAGCCCGGUACGUCAUUAUUCCUUAUAUCUAAAACGAAAGAAAAAUGUCAAACUAUUUUAUGUCCAUCAUAUUUCCACUAAAAGGAGAUAACAUUGAACAGUAAAACUCUAGCCUCGUGAUGAUUAAUACAGGAUUUAAUUAAAACACUAACUGACAAAAUAGAACAAGGUGUUAAACAAAAAAGUUUAUUUGAAGUUAUUUUAUAAUUUAGGGCGCACAAGGAAAAACAGGACCCGGUGGCUUGCCUGGACCUCGUGGUGAACCUGUAAGUAUCAACUAUCACCUCGCCGCGAGCGCUUCACAUGGCCAGCCGAGCGCUUCGUAAGUUCGCUGAGUUUGCUUCAUGGAGCUACAAAUGGGCUUUAAUGUACCCUUACAGCGCUCGACACGCACAAACGAAAGCAACGUAACGCUAUCACCGCUUUGGGGAGACAUAGUUAAAAAAUAUAGGUGAAAAAAUAUCAACUGUCACUCUAGGAAGACUUUUACAUUACGUUUUCUUGGAAAAACCCACAUCCAACAAAUUGCUUCAAUGCACUGAAAAACUUUAAUAAUCUAUUUAUUUUAUCGCAGGGUAACCCAGGAAAACCAGGAAACCAAGGACCAAGUGGCUUGCCUGGAUCGAGGGUAAGUAUAUAAAUAUAUGUCCUUGAUUCUUGCAGAGACUCUGCUCGGAAAUUAAAUCAUUAGCUACAUGGACAUCAACUUCUGCAGAAACCUUACAUGAUAUCUAUUGUUUUCUUGGGAUGUAUAGGGACCUCAGGGUGAGAAAGGGCCACAAGGUGAAACGGGACAACAGGGUAGAAAUGUAAGUAUCGCUUCUUCAAUGUUGAACUAUCGCUUCUUCAACAUUUCGUACUAAUUAGCAUAAAUUACGUAGUAAUUAGCACAAAUUACGUACUAAUUGGCAUAAUUUAUGUACUAGUUAGCAUACUUUGCGUGCUAUUUUUUUCCUAAUAACCAUAAUCCGAGUUCUAACCGUAGGAAAGUUUAUUUAGCGAAUUUUUUAUUACCCAGGGUGCACCAGGUCAAUCUGGAGCGUCGGGAGAGAAAGGAAAUGGUGGGGCCAAGGUAAUACUUCAUCUUUUAGACAUAUAAUAGGGCCAUUUAUACGGGCGAAAAUAAUCCGCGGCCUAAAAAAGCCGCAACUUAUUGCAAAUUGACCGUUUAUACGAGUCGUUUGUGACCUAUUUAAACCGCCGUGGCUUAUUUUUGCUCGUAUAAGCAUCGCAAAUGUCUAAUCAUAGUUUGCUUGUAAAAUCUGCAAGUAUUUUUCAAUCAGUAUUCUAAACUGUUCAUAUUUUUUAAACAAUAUUUAUAUAGGGUGAUCGUGGAGCUAGUGGUGAACAAGGUCCUGCUGGUAGUGCUGUGAGUAUGCGCAUGAAGCAGUUUUAAUCCUCUUUAUUAUAUGGCAAGCAUCACUUCCCGUGAAAUGGUGGACUAUGAUUGGCUGCGAAGCACUUACAGCGGUCCAUUAGUUUCCCGUAACGGACCGCCGGUCCAUAACGUAAAAACAAACGCAUGCAUUUUAAAACAAAACUAAUUGAAAAUUUGAAAAUUAUAAUUUAAUUUGUUAUUAAUACAUAAUAAGAUUUAUUUUUUUGUAAAUCAGCAGCGGGCGGAAUCCUAGCGUUUUCUGCAAUCUGAUUGGCUGCAGCAGCGGGCGGAAUUUUACGAUAUUUGACCACGGUCCGGAAUCCUAUACGUAAUGGCCGAAGCAAAGCAAAAAAUUUUUGUAUGUUUGUUUUAAAACUUAAAAAUAUGAAUAUGUAAUUUUGAAAUAAUUUUAAUGAUGGAUAAAAUAAUUGUACUGUAUUUUAAUUGAAUUGUUUGUUUUCUAAAGUAAAAUAAUUAAAUAUCAAAAUUUUUUUACCGUUUUGUUUUCUAUAUGCGCAAUCUAAUAAAACCGUUGCCAUUUGCCUCUUAGUCUUCGACAAAAAAAUAAAUACGUUAUUUACCGUUUAGGUCGGUCCGGAUAGAAAAAUAUUUUGUGUCGGUCUCAAAAACGUCCCUCGGCCUUCGGCUUCGGACCGUUUUUGAGACCUCGACAAAAUAUUUUUUCUAUCCGGACCUCCCAGCCGGUAAAUAACAUAUAUCUGAGAAUGGUUUUUAGUGGAAAAGAAGGAAUCCAUUGGUAUUUUUUGUUUUCUUCGACCAAAUGUGUACCAAAGUAUAAAUGCAAAGAAAUAUCAGACCUCGGUCCGAUAUUUCUCUGUACAAAAAAAACCUCGGUCCGAUAUUUCUCUGUACAGACCUCGCGUUCGGUAAAUAAGAAGUUAUUAAUCUUGUGGAACAAUAAAGACUUUGUUUGAAAAUUAACAUGCGACUCUGUGAUCUCAUCGUGUUAUUCUCCUACUUUAGGGCUCACCAGGUGCUAUAGGACCUAAGGGUUCUAGAGGUCUACCGGGUUCGCCUGGCGAGAAAGGAAACGAAGGACCUUCCGGAGUCAAUGGACCACAAGUGAGUACAUGUUCAUUAUUUGUGGUGGUGAUGAUGGUGGUGGUGAUGGUGGUGAUGAUGAUGGUGGUAAUGAUUUGAUGAUGGUGGUUGUGAUAAUUUGACGGUGGUGGUGAUUUGGUGAUGGUGGUGGUGAUGGUAGUAGUGGUGGUGGUAGUAGUGGUGGUGAUGAUGAUGAUGGUGGUGAUUUGAUGAUGGUGGUGAUGAUAGUAGUGAUGAUGAUAGUGGUGAUGAUUUGAUGAUGGCAGUGAUUUGAUGAUGGUGGUGAUGAUGAUGGUGGUGAAAAUUUGAUGAUGGUGGUGGUGAUUUGACGAUGGUCGUGGUGAUAACUUGAUGAUGGUGGUGGUGAUGAUUUGAUGAUGGUCGUGGUGAUGACGACGAUGGUGGUGAUUUGAUGAUGGUGGUGAUUUGAUGAUGGUGGUGGUGAUGAUUUGAUGACGGUGGCAAUGGUGGGGAUGGUGGGGAUGAUGGUGAUGGUACCUUAGAAUGAGUUUAAUGACUGGUUAAUCUUUGUUAUCUUAUAGGGAGCACCUGGAAACCCCGGAGCUCCAGGACAACCCGGAAGCGCUGGCUCGCCGGUAAGUUCCUUUAUUUUCAAACACAAAUUGAACCUAGAGAUCCAAUAAGGAUCACCUUCAGAUGACCAGAGGAUUUUACUCAUUAAGGGGAGAAUGCUGACACUCAGUGGGUAAAUGCCAUCCAAAUACUGACACAUGUACAAUGAUUUCUUUUUCAGGGACGUCCAGGACCACAGGGAGCCCCAGGCCCGAGUGGCGAGAAAGGUGACACCGUAAGUUUGUGAAUCUCUCUUCACCGUACAGUUAACCAUACCGUUAAAAAAAUCAGUAAAGUACUUACAAGUCAUCUUAAUUUCCACUGCCAGGGACCGGAAGGUGAACAAGGUGAUCCAGGAGCUGACGGAAAACCAGGAGCACCUGUAAGUGAAGAAAACGCAGGGUAAACUCAACGUGUCAGUAGUCAUUCGUGGGUACAGCAAGACGGUCUUAAACCUAUAUAUUGGAAACGUAAAAGCUCUUUUUCACUCAUCGUAAACACCAACUCGCAAGCUUGCUGACAUUUUUGCUGCGAGUACUUGCAUCCAUUGGAUGAUUGAUCUAGGCAAGAAGAACGAAAAUCAUUACCAUAGCUGGAAUGAGCAUCUUAAAAUGAGUAAAAUUACAAAGUUUGGUUGCGAAUUGUUGUAAAAUGAGGAAUAUAUAGCCCUGUGAAGUUCGCAAAUUUUGUAUAUAUUUGCAUUACGCGCGGGAAAAAAUAACCAUUUUUGAGCCGAAAGUGGUUAUUUUUACCGCGUGUAAUACAAAUAUAUACAACAUUUGCGAACUUCACAUGGGCUAUAUUUUCCUCAUUUUGCAACAAUUCGCAACCAAACGUUUUGCAAUUUCACUCAUUUUAAGAUGCUCUUUCCAGCUAUGGUAAUGGUUUCGUUCUUCUUGUCCAGAUCAAUUGGAAUCAUCAAUUAGAUGCAAGUAUUUGCAGCGGGCUUGCGAUGAUUGGAAAAGAGCCUGGACUGGUGCCGUAGGUUGUCGCGAGUAAGGCAUUAUAAAGCAAAUUAACAAGUCCAAUUACAAAUAUUAUGCUGGGAGAGUUAAGGCGAUUUAAGGAAUAUUUAAGGCAAGUUAUGGAGUUUUAAGGUAGGGGAACUUGGUAAUAUUCUUCCUGCAAGUUAAGAUUUCGGAUCAACGGGUAUCACACAACAUGCAAAAGUCCAACAGCUUAAAGAAUUACCGGAUGGCAUAGUUCGCGCAUUGUUUCCGAUUAUUGACAAUCAUUACCGGCUGUAGGCGAUCUUUGACAACUAUUUGCUUCCGAUUUUAUAGCACCAAGUGGUGGUGUGAUUCAAACAUGAUGUAUUUGAAUAAUUUUCUAGGGUCAACAAGGCCCUCAAGGACCCACAGGUGCCCCAGGCCAGGAAGGAGAGAAGGGUAACCAGGGUAAUUCAGGUGAAUCCGGGAAACCAGGGGAUCCAGGAGCACCGGUAAGUAGUAAAUACUCCUAAGCACUGAUCUCAGAAACGUAAACUGGAAUAGUAAUGAUUGCAAAGAAGACUUCAGUUGCAUAUAUAGCUCAAAACUGUCGCUUAUUUUAGGGAUCACAAGGGCCUCCGGGAUCGUCAGGAUCACAGGGACAAAUGGGACCACCUGUAAGCAUCCACAUCCAAUAUUAUACCUUUGCUGAUUCACAAAUUCACAUAUGGAUGUUUGUGUUUAUUUAUGGAUAUUUGUGUAUCUCUAGGGAAGUACAGGUGAACGCGGACCACAGGGACAAACUGGACCAAGGGGUGAGAAGGGUUCUGAUGGACCACGAGGUAUACAAGGGCCACCUGGAAAUGCUGGCAUGCCGGGCGCACAAGGUCAAGGCGGAUCUAAAGGUGACCGAGGUGAUUCUGGACGAGAAGUAAGUAGCACAGAUUACAACCAAUCAUUACUUUGAGUCAUUACCAGCUAACGUUACCGGUUAACGCUAAUUAUGUAUUCUGACGUCAUUUAGGGUCCAGCUGGUGGUAUUGGCGCACGAGGAGAACCUGGGGUGGCUGGUGAAAAGGUACGAUCGAUAGGGUGAACUGUUCCUAAAUUAAAAUACCUCGAUUUAUUAAUUAAAUUCUGCUUAACGUAGUGUCCUGCAUUUUCAUUACAUACACGAGAAAAAUCUUGAAUCCAUUGAAAUGAUCUGAUCUGACAGAACACAUGAAUUAAUGCAGCGUUUAGUGAGGUUUAUGACCAAGUGUGUAUUUGUUGAGUUCAUAAUCAUGAUCUAGGAUGUUAAUGGUUUUCUGUUGUUUUCUAGGGUGAGCAAGGAACAAAUGGACCUCCGGGUCCAUCUGGACGAACUGGACAAAAGGUACAUAUGUAUAGAGCUAAACGGGGAUAUGUCUGCACAUGCUAUGAUGUGUAGGAAACGUGUGGGAUAUAUAAGGUCACCAAUGGCUAUCCUUGGGUAUACUAUAAUUGUGAAUAAUAGAAAUUUGACGAGGGUUUUCUUUGGAUAUAUAGGGUGACCGAGGAGAGAAAGGUGAUCAAGGAGCAGUGGGUCCCCAAGGUACUCGGGUGAGUGGAAUCGUGUUUUAAAUCCAGUUCUACCAAAUUUGUUUAAAACCUGUCGUACAGGCUCGUGUCCCUUCCCCGCCACCCCCUGCGGUGACCCAGUGUUGCCUAAACAGCAGGGGGGGGGAGGUGUGAGAGAAACGAGUUGACUUGUUUAUUCCAAUUACUUUAAUUUAGGGUCUCCCUGGAAAUACUGGAGGUAAAGGUGAUGCUGGUAUAUCAGGCGUGCAGGUAAGCUUAAAUUACUUAACCCACUUGGGAUUGUCGAACAUGAAUACAGUCAGCCAGAGUUGCGGGUCCGUGACGUCAUCACAACCUUUUGGUCGCGCCAGGAAAUCCAACAGCUAAAUUGCCAGGAAAUUCAUCAGCUAAAAUUUUCAUAGCCCAACUUUAAACUAAAAAUUCACAAACUUCUAGUUCGAAGUUUUCAAAUCAACAAGGUUGGUAUUAAAAUGAUCAGAAAAGAUGAAAUUUUCAGAUAAUGCAAAAAUCACAAAAUCGAAAUGUUCAUUGCACAUACACUGACUAACUUUCAUUGCCAAUUUCUAGGGUGCUUCUGGUGGCAUUGGUUCUCCCGGAAGUCCUGGGUCUAAGGGUGAACCGGUAAGGAGCUUAAACUGUUGCAAAUUACAACUGGCUUCCACAACGGUGUCGUUCACGUAUGAUACUUAUUCUGCCAUGUUUUCUAGGGUCCACCUGGUCCUCUGGGACAGCCUGGCGCACCUGGUCCAAUAGGACCCAAGGUUUGUACAACAUUUUUGAUUGCGGUCAAAACUUUCAAAUUCCAAAUUUUCUCCGUUCUGAUUAUCAGUCGACAUUUGUACUUAUUGUUAUCUCUCAUUUCUAAACGACGAGUUCAAUAAACAGCACAGUCUAUUGCUCUCCCUUAGGUUAACUAUUAAAACUGUCCGUUUACAGGAGGAAACAUGUUUUACUUACUUGUCUAGGGUGAACCCGGUAACGACGGUAGUGAUGGAGCGAAGGGUGAACAAGGAGCAAUUGUAAGUUUCUUGAAGUUCUAAAAAGAAGUAAAACUAAGUUUGAAAACAUUUUUCAACAUCAUGACAUCCUUCUGUUUCUAACAUAUGAUUGGUCAAUUAUAGGGUCCAGCUGGCCAACCUGGUGAUGAUGGACCCCCUGGUGCUCAGGGUAACCCUGUAAGUAUGAGGUUGGCUUUGAAUUUUCCACAUUCUAUUCUUUGCCCAACUGCAGAUUGAUGGGAACACAUCUUCUCCAAUUCCCUCCUGGUGGUAAUAAUGAUCAAAUUCUAUAACUAGCAAAUGUUUGUAUUGGACCAUUCGCAUUAUAGACUAAAUUUUGAUCUAGACAAAAAUUUCAUCACAGCUUGAAAGAGCAUCACAAAAUUAGUAAUAUUCCAAAGUUACGUUGCGAAAUGUUGUAAAAUUCGGAUAAUAUAGCCUUGCGAAGUUUGCCGUUUUUCAGUCAUUUUGUAUUACGCACGGGAAAUUGACAGCCCAAUCGGGUGUUGGGGCAUCAAUUUCCCGUUUGUAAUGCAAAAUGACUGAAAAUUGCAAAUUUCGCAAGGCUUAUUAUCCGCAUUUUACAACAUUUCGCAACGAAACUUUGGAAUAUUACUAAUUUUGUGAUGCUCUUUCAUGCUGUGAUGAAAUUUUUGUCUAGAUCAAAAUUUAGUCUAUAAUGCAAAUGGUCCAUUAUAGCACAUAAUUUGGUUCGCUGGCGGAGGUAUGAAGACUGCCUUCUAAUAUUACGUAUUUUAUUCUUUUAGGGCCGACCAGGACCAAAAGGCAGCGCUGGAGAACAAGGUGUAGCAGGAGAGAAGGUAACAAAUGGACCUAUUACCUAAUGAACAAAAUUUUGAUCUAGACAAGUCUAGACAAAAAUUUCAUCACAGCUUGAAAGAGCAUCACAAAAUUGGAAGUAAUAUCACAAUUAAGUUCUUUGUAUAGGACUGCAUGGCGAUAAAACAUAUAAUACUUUUUGUUUGUGGAAACAAAAAGUAUUGUAUUAAAUAAAUUUACGUGGUGUUUCCACAAACACAAAGUAUAAUAUCACAAUUGUUGUAAAGAUAGAAUAGUCUUGGCUAAGUACGUAAUUAUGUAAGCGUAUAGCGUAUACUUCAUGUAGAGCGCAUUUGACCAUAUCCAACAUGUAAUUUUAAUUUAAUUCCCGUGCGUGCAAGUGUAUCGAGUUCAAACAUCACUGCAACUUACGUCAAUGUCUCUAUUCUAGGGUGAUCAAGGUCGGCAAGGACCUGCUGGUGAGAAUGGACGCAUUGGGCCAGCGGUGUGUAUACAAACUGAGCUUUUUUUAAACUGGAUAGCUCUUUCAGUUCUUGAAUGACCAAUUUCCACUCACACAAAAAUUGCCACGGACAGAAAAUUUUCAGAAAAUAUCAUUGUUUAAAGUUGAGAAUUUUCAACUUCACAAAAUUUUUUCGGAGGGAAAAUUUUUGUCGUCCAAAGCUCCCUUCCUGCAGAAACAUUUUCCUGAGUGGAAAUGGGCCGGAAUGUCAGAAACGUUGAGUGUUACUAGAGGACGAAACCUGAACUAACUUUAUUUAUACUGAAUACAGUCGAACCUGUAUCGAGCGAUCACCUUUGGGGAUUUCGCAAAUGGCCACCUAAGUACAGGGUAACCUCCUGAUAUAGGUCCAACUACCGCGGUUAAAAAAGGUGUUUAACUGUUUUUGAUUCUUAAUAAGAACAAGAGAACUGUGCUAGAGCCGUUCUAAGUUCAGCUGUUGCGGCGUGCUAAAUUUGGUUUGGUUCAACAAAUCACCCUUGAUAUGGCUAGGAAAGGCUCUUGCUAGCAAAUUUUCGCAACGCAUCGCCGAAUUCCAUCACUUCUUUUUCCCGUGAAUAAACAAUGAAAAAUUACGUUUGGGAUCGUGCGAAAGGUGACCAUGUCCGCUUAAUAUAGAUGACCGUUUAAUAAAUGUCACUUCGAUGAAAUAGCCAAAUAUUCUCAUGUUUAUAAUAUCACUUGUGUGUCAACGUAUUCCGACAUAUUAUUCUGUAAAUAUAAUUUAAACAUAGUUAGAAAAAUGCCUAAUUAGAAAAUCGGGGCUUUCUCGAGGUAUGAACAACUGAAUUGUGGUACUGGUUAAUACUUUACAUUGUACCCAUGAUUGGAAGUACUGAAAAUUAUUAUUGGAAGUACUGAAAAUAGUCAUUUUGAAUGUUAUUGUAGUUGUGUCUAUAGAGUUUAGGAGGACCAGAUUGGAAAAUAGUUGCAACUUUAUCUGUUUAUCCUCAAUAAAUAAAGUGUUAUUAUUAUUGUUAUUAACAGUAUUUACAUUAAAUGAGAUGAAAUUCUCGGAACUUUGCCAGAUGACCGCUUAAACAGUCAUUUCUUUAUGCAUGUUUUACAUUGUAGGGACCACCAGGUCCACAGGGAAGCCAGGGAGAACGAGGUCAACGUGGACAAACGGUAAAGUAAACCAAGUUUUCAAUCGAGUUGCCAAACAAUGCAAUAUCACAGUAUAUUUGAACUUAUAUUUAUUGGACAAAGGUUUGGAUACAAAAGAUUUCAUUUAUAAAAUCCUAUUUUAUUAAUAGGGUCCACAAGGACGUCCUGGAGCCGCUGGUCAAACUGGAGCCCGCGGACCUGUGGCAAGUUGAAACUUAGUUCGUUUUCUUAUUAAGGAAAUAUCGUUUGCUCUUUUCGGUGUGUUCAUGAAAUAUUUUUCUUUCUCAGGGUGCUACUGGUGAAACUGGUUCGGCAGGUGCUGCUGGUCGUGAUGGUGCCAAGGUAUUUUGACAAUAUAUCGAUUAUUCUUCAAGUUUGUUCGGAUUGUCAAAGUUAAACAGCAUGUGCAUGUUAAUGAAGGAGAUGAACUUAUCAAAGAAAGAAAGAAAAUUGGAAGAAUUUAGGCAGUGUGAGAAGAUAACGAACAUUGAAGAAGAAAUAAUCUCGAAGGCAUUAAUAAUUCAUGAUAAAUUAGCCAACCACAUUACUUUAUUUUGCUCACAUGAUAAUAUUGGAUACCUGAAGUACAUUGAUUCAGUCCUAGGACUGGAUCAAAAUUAAUUCACCUCACUUUACCAGGAAGUAGUGAUUUAUUCGUAUGAGAUUUCAUUUCAAAUCCUUCAAUUCAGACUGGUCUAGAUUUCAAGCCCUCGCAGGCCUUAAAAUAUCUUUUACAGAGACGUCUGACAAAAUGUCCGUUGAGUUUGGGUCGGACAUAUGUCCGAUGACCUUCAGUUCAGUUUUGACUUGGAAAUAAGUCUGAAUGACACAAAUGAAUAUCAGCACAAUGUAUUAAUUCUGUACUGUAAAUGUUGUGAAGAAAUUUUUUUUUCUUUCAUACUUAUUCCCAAGCUAAAAUUAACUUGCUUUCCAGAACAGCAGUAUUAAAGAAGACUUCGACAACUUAAGCCUGUUUUCCACUUCACCAUUUCGCUCGCCUCCCCGCGCUUGACUACGUUAAAACAACACUUCCAGUUCACCUUUUGUACAAUAGUACUCUGACUUUCUAUUUAACAUACAAGCCUCUAGUCCUGGGCUAGAGUACAUUUUGAUUUACGUCGGACAAAGCUACAGUUCGGUCGAACACAAAUACACUCAGGUCGGACAAACAAUAAACCUCAGUUUCACUUACGUCGGACAGAAUGUCCGGUGGUUUUCUUUCUACGUCGGACAAUUUCACGAAUGGGUUGGACAAUGUCCGUGACCGACCGAUUUUUUAAGGCCUUAGCCCUCGCAUUUUGACCCAGACCCACGGCUUCGCCUGGGACUCGACUAGCCCAGUCGACCUCAUAGUCGGAUUUGAAAUAUUACAUCCAAUACGGGAGACAACGCGUGACAGGAAGAAUGAAAACCUUCUGUUUUAUAAAUAGGGUGAUCCUGGAUUCUUCGGACCACCUGGACCUCAAGGACCUCCGGGAGAAAAGGGUGAUGAAGGUGAACGUGGAUCGCCCGGACCAUUUGGACCCAAGGGAGAUCGCGUGAGUACACAUUCAUUCAUUGUAUCGGGCAAGACCACAAUCAAAGCAUAGUUAAUAGAAAAUUAUUAACUAUGUUCAAAGUUGGACUGCGAGCAGUCCCGUCUUAGAAGGAGGGACUGCAGACAACACAUCAAGAAACGAAAUAUGCGUUGUCCAGACAACGCAAAAUUCCGAUUGGUUGAUGUAGUUGAUUGACAGAUCUUAAUUAACUGAAAUGUAUUGUUUUUCAAAUUUGAAAGUCAACCGUCAAAUUAUGUCAUAUUAAUUAAAUCUCGUAGUGUUUUUAUUCAUAUUGUCUGAAAGCGUUUAGUAUGUUAUUUCGAGCGAAUACAAUUUAAUGUAAUACUAUGUAUUUUUACUUGUAAAACGUAAACGCGCUAUAAAUAGUUACUUGUUUACAACGGCAAAAUAAUUAUAUUGGAGCUAAGCGGCGAUGCGAAAGGUGGGCGUUUAUUGAUGUGUUGUCUGCAGCCCCUACUUUCCUUCUAAGAAGGGACUGCUCGCAGUCUAGAUCAAAGUGCGAAAGAUGAUUAGUCCAAUGCUAUGAUAUAUUCAAACAUAUUUAUAUUUACGUUCUAGGGACCAAACGGAAACCGAGGACCCAGUGGACCACCUGGUCCGCCUGGACCUUCGGUAAGCAAAUAAGAAAAUGUUCGUUUUCAAAUUUCUCUUAUCUUGUCCUUGGCUUCCAUACCUACUUCUUCACUCAAGAAAAUGACUCACAAAUAUUUUCUGUUUCCGUUUUAGGGCGCUACUGGACCAACCGUAAGUCCGUUGUAGUUUAAAAACAUAAUUGAUUUUGUUCUAUAGCGUUCAUUGAUGUUAGAUUUCAUUUACUAAUAUUUCUUUGUUUUGAUGUUUUAGGGACCUAAAGGUGAUUCGGUAUGUACACUUGGAAAAUGAUUUAAUAGCAGUUGAAAUUUAGUCUCCAUAUAGACUUUACUCGGCAGCCGAUGUUUCUUAAUUGUUGUACAGUACUUAAAGUUCUCAGCUCCCAACUGAUAACUAAAUACAUUUUCUUUCAUUUCUCUUCGUAUAUAGGGACCAAUGGGACCUGGUGUAAGUGUAUAAAAAUAUAUUUUUGAUCGUUCCUGCUUUGUGUCUAAGGAACCCGUGUUUUAGAAGCCCUUCCCGUUUUAAUUUGCUCUUUUUUAUUUUCCGUUUAGGGCGACCUAGGACCACCGGUACGUAUAUAAACGUAUAUAUAAUAUGAAUGCAUUGAUUUACAAAUUUUAUCCUUUACUCACAAAGGUAUACAUUCGCUGAUUUACACUUUCUUUUCCUUAGGGACCACCGGGACCUCCAGGACCACCGGGAAGUGUAAGUAAAAUACACCUUAUUGUCUCUUAUCAUCCUCCUAGUGUUAUAGUACAUCAAACACAUAGUAGUUACGGAAAGAAAGUUUGUUUUCUGGUAAGCUAAAUAUUUCACCACAACACCCGAAAAGAAGAGGGAUCUUGGGAUCAUGAGGAACAUUUGCCUUACCAAGAAGAUCGAAGAUCAUUUAAUUUUUUUUUCACACAUACGUUGUGGGAGAAUCAUUAUAUCAUACUUCCUUAUCUCUCAUUUGAGGCAUGUAAUAUAAAAUAAAAUUUAAUAAAUACAGUCAAGUAUAUUCUGUUGUUGCAUACAUACAUCGUGACGUAAUAUACCGUCAAAAUUUUCCAUCUUUUUGCGCACUUUUGACGAACAUUUCAAAAAGGCAAAUACAGAAUCUGAGGAACAGUAAACACUUGCCCCAUGUCUGUUCACCACAAAUCAGAUACCGCAAGCGUUCUUUCGGAAAAACAUGGCUACGAAAUAAUGUUUCCACAACAAUGCGAGUAAGUUGAGGAGGCUCAACCAUACUCUCAAGCAAUAUGUAAUUUAGGUUGGUUCAUAAACUGCAUGAUUAGUAAAGUAUGAACAGUUUUCAUAUUCUUCAAGGAUGGUAUUUUCUAAAACCAUUAAAUCUAUUCAGGUGCAAACUGGCUACCCAGGCGGUGUACCAUACCAAUCAGAGACAGGCACAUACAAAGGCAGAGGAAAGAGAUCGAUUUCUGACGACGACGACGACUCCAAUCAAGCAUUCUUUGCCGGAGCCGAGGAAAUGGCCGCGUCCAUUGAAUCCAUCAAGAAGGAAAUCGAAGAAAUCCGAAGACCAAGCGGAACACAGACGAACCCUGCCCGAAGCUGCAAAGAUCUAUACCUAUGCAACAAGGGCAAACAAGACGGUAGGUUUUGCAAAAUGUUUUGGAAACGUAAAACAAGGUCACAGAAUGUUUUUGAUGUUAUUCUGAGUGUAUAUCCACAACGGGCAGGCUGAAAAGUUAGCCUGACCACGGUGGGAAUCGAACUCGCGACCUUUGGGAUAACAUCAAAACACACACAAAAAUAUCAAGGUCACAGAAUACUAUACAGGGUGUAUAAAAAAAAACUGAACAGAUUUGAAAUUGCUCUCAAUUUCGCAAAACACCUAUUUGUAUCAGGUUUUUUAUAUAUAUAGCUUCUUUGGAUACUUAUAAUGUAGAAUAAUGAAAAAAAUUUCUCAAACUCAAAUUUUGUGGACCAGGGGGUGUCUUUUCCAACAAAAUAAAAAUGGCUCGCGCACAACAUUUAAAAGAUGUAAUCAUAUUUUGAGUUUAUAGAUGGAAACUGUGUCGGGUUUUUAAUUACUGUACAAAAUUUCAGACAAUUUGGUUUAGUUUAAGCCCUUUAACUAUUUAUUUUAUUCUAAAAAAUCAGCUUUUCGCAUGCUUAAUUAAUAGCCUUUACCUAAUUUGCAUAUUGCUGACAUAUGCAAAUUAGGCAAAUGCAUUAAUUAAGCAUGCAAAAAGCUGAUUUUUAGGAAAAAUGUAACUUUGCGUGAAUAAUUUUCUGAAAUUUUGUACAGUAAUUAAAAACCCGACAAAUUUUCCAUCUAUUAACUCAAAAUAUGACUACAACUUUUAAAUUUUGUGCGCGAGCCAUUUUUAGUUUGUUGGAAAAGACACACCCCCCUGGUUCACAAAAUUUGAGUUCAAGAAAUUUUUUUCAUUAUUCUACAUUAUAAGUACCCAGAGAAGCUAUAUACAUAAAAAACCGGAUACAAAUAGGUGUUUAGCGAAAUUGAGAGCAAUUUCAAAUCUGUUCAGUUUUUUUUUAUACACCCUGUACAGAAGUCCAUCUCCAUUGUUUUUUUUGCGUAAGCGCUAUUCGUCAUGAUUCGUCACUCAGCAAGUACCGUAAACAGAAGCAGUCACCCACCCCCUGGAAAUAUUCAAAAUGACACACGUCCAGGGGAGGGGACUGCUUCUGUUUACGGUAGUUACCGAGUGACAAGGUGUUGGAAUUACGCUCUUCUAAACUAAGGCCUGGUUUACACUAUCAAAGUUUAUGUGAUCACAAUGGGAAUUUUGCAAAGGUAAAUUCUAGGUUUUGAAGGUUUUGUGAGAAAUGUUUGAGGAAACUGACUUAAUGUUAAACACUGAUUCAGUUUCCUCAAACAUUUCUUACAAAUCUUUCAAAACUUAGAAUUUACCCAUGCAAAAUUCCUACUGUGAUCACAGAAACUUUGAUAGUGUAAUCGAGGCUUAACACACUAAAUUUUAUUCGGUUAUAUUUUAGGUUUCUACUGGAUUGAUCCCAACCAAGGAUGUCCAGAUGACGCCAUUCGUGUAUACUGUAACUUCGAAGCUGAAGGCGAAACGUGUGUCUACCCAGAUGAAGACAGCGCUAAGGUGAGACAAGGCAAUGAUUUGCAUUAUUUAGACGUUUAGAAAUUAAUUGUCUUUAACCUAUUUAGGUACAGGUUUAUUAGCAUAGUAUAGCUACAACCCUGGCAAAAAUUAUGUGGACACCUAACUUUUCUAACGCCAAUAUUAACAUUGAGACGUUUUUUCAUGAAAUUUGUCGCCCCCUGGCCCCUAUUCAAUGUUGUUUCUCGCAUUCAAAUUUGAAAAGUUUCAUUUACCAACAUUGAAUUGGGGGUAGGAGCUCUGGGGUAGGAGGGGGAGAAAUUUUCUGGCGGAUUAAUUAUGUAGAAAUAGAUCUAUUUUUGUUUGACGCACGCGCUGUCCACGAUAAUUUUUGCCAGGAUUGUAGUUGCCGUGGCUAGAUUUGCCACUGAACCGCACCGUAGGUGGAAGACACAUGGACAUAUGUGGCACCAAACAACCCGAGUGUAUCAUUUACAUGUAGUUUUAAACCUCCUUACAGGUUGAACGAAAGACGUGGACUAGAACUUCUGAUGAAGAUGUUUACUUCAGUGAAUUGAACGGCGGCAAGACUGUAAGUAUCACGUGAUACACCACUUCAUCCAGUUAACACUUUAUUGAGUUUAUGUGAGUGGAUGUCCCAUCAGGUUAUUAGCCAUUCCGAAGUUGAUGAGUGGACUGGGGACAAGUGUUAAAAAGUGCCCAAAUUAAGAAAUUAACCAAAUCACUAAAAAGACCACCUCAAAAUUAGUAAGUAUACAAAGUUUGAAGACGUUUACAUGAAUACCCGUCGAAUAAUAAGCUUUCGAAAAUUCUGAAAUUACUGAUCAAAAGAUUGUUUUAACAAAAAUUACAAUACAUUUCAUAGUAAAUAUCGCGAUUUUCGAAAGCUUAUUAUUCGGGGGGUAUUCAUGUAAACGUCUUCAAACUUUGUAUACUUACUAAUUUUGAGGUGGUCUUUUUAGUUAUUUGGUUAAUUUCUUAAUUUGGGCACUUUUUAACACUCGUCCCCAGUCCACUCAUCAACUUCGGAAUGGCUAAUUGUCCAAUUGAUAGGGGAUCCGAGGUACUUACAAUUUAACGUCCUUGUCCGAGAAGACGCAAAAGUCUAAAAGUCAUUUACUGAUGUCAAUGUAAAGAUAACACUUUCUCCUCAAUUAUUUUAAGACCUUGAGUAGAGGUCCGACCAAGAAUUGAACUCGGGUCUUCCAGCCUGAAAGGCAAGCGUGGUGACACCACAACUGCUGGUGAUAUACCGCACUGAAAUUUCUUAAGAUCGUUGCUCAUCCAUAUACACCUCAAUAAUAAUAUAUCACUUUUCAUCUUUAGAUUACCUACAACAAUGUUGGCAAAGUUCAACUUACAUUCCUUCGACUCCUGAGUGAAAGUGGCAAACAGAACUUCACCGUGUCAUGUAAAAACUUCAUUGCUUGGUUCGACCAGACGAACAACAAUCACGAUAUGUCAUUGAUCUUACAAGGCGAUAACGAACAAGAAUUCUCAUUUGAAUCAAAUAAGAGCAAAUUAAAGAUAAUUUCAGAUAAUUGUAAGGUACGUUGGUUUGGUAAAGACAGGGAAUGGAAAUGAUCUUUCCUAGUUUCCUUCUGAGUGAUGAAUGCAGAGCACAGCUAAGGUUGAAAGGUUGCUAUGGCACCUCUGUUGCCACGGUUUGUACGCCGGUUUCGGCAUACCUUAUAGCCGGCUAUACGACCCAAGACUGUUCUCAGAGCACAGCUAAGGUUGAAAGCUUGCUAGGGCACUUCUGGCUGCGAUCAUACGGUCCAUGUCAGAUUACAGAGUGUAGCCGAAGUGGAAGGCUUACUAGAGCGCCUCUCGCUACCACCAUACGAUUCAUGUAGCACAGCUAAGGUCAAAGGCUUAUUAGGACAUCUCGGCCUGCCACCAUAAGACCAAUGUCUAACCACAAAGCACAACUAAGGGUUGAAAGCUUGCAAACGCUGCCUCUUACUGCCUGGACUACUACCACUAUAGGUCGACCCAUGUCUGAAAAAGCACAUAAUGGAAGUUGAGAGCAUAGCUAAUGAAGAGAGCAUAUGAGCGGAUAUGGGAGGAUAGAUAGGAUAUGGGAGGAUAUAGGGGGAUAGAGAGAGCAUAUAGGAGGAUAAAGGGCAUAUGAGAGGAUAGCCAAAGCAGUUUUCUCAUCUCAUUGUUUUUCGUUUCUCAACAGAACAAAGGCGAAGAUAAAACGGUAUUCGAAAUCGAGACAGAAAAACUUGCCCAGUUACCAAUUGUGGACUUCGCGCCAAGGGACUGGACCCAAGACGCCGAGUUCGGCUUCGAGGCCGGGCCGCUUUGUUUCAGAUAA